AUGCGACCCCGCCUCCCUCCCACAUUACCAACGACAUCACCGCAAGCCGAUACAGACAGUUACACAGAGUGUUAUUGUCUGUAUCAGCGAUCUGCCUUUAUAUGUAGUAUCUUGCUUUUUAGUAGCUGUCCACAGCCUCCGUGCUGCAGACACCUCAUUCCAGGGCCUCUGUGGUGCUCCGAUGCCCCUCACCCACUGUCGAAGAUCCCCGGUGGGCGAGGGGACAGCAGGGAUCCUGCACUCCCAGCUGUGAUUUAUAAGGACGAGAAGCUCACGGUUUCUCAGGAUCUCCAGGUGAAUGAUGGGAAGCCCUACCUCGUCUACUUCCAGUACAAGGUCACUGAGAUGAAAGAAUCUUCAUGGAAGGCUACGCUAUCAAACAAGAGCCUUUUUGUGGAAAUUCCUGAAGGUGCCUUGGCAGAUGGAAGCAAAGAAGGGUUGCUGGCUUUGCUGGAAUUUGCAGAGGAGAACAUGAAAGUGAGCUAUGUCUUUAUCUGCUUCAGGAAGAGUCGAGAGGACAGAGGUCCACUCCUGAAGACGUUCAGUUACCUGGGCUUCGAGGUUGUACGCCCUGGGCACCCAUGUGUUCCGGCCCGCCCUGAAGUCAUGUUCAUGGUGUAUGCACUAGAUCAGUGCUCCUCCGAUGAGGAUUGACCCAUAGCAGAAAAGGGGAUCCUGAAGCUCAAUUUUGUGUGUGUGUAUGUGUGUAAGAGUAGUGGGUGGGAAUUUCUAGCACUUUUUUUGUUUCUGGGGUUGGGAGGACAAGCGCGCAUGAUCAUGCCAUGGACUGAUCUUUUUUGGCCUUUCUUUCAGUGUUAUGAAUAAGAUGUAUGUUAUUUUGACUUUCUCUGCUAUUUUGUUCCGGCGCAUUGACUACAAGCACCUUUCAGUCUGUGAUCACAAGUGUAUUAAGAAUGUAGUCUAUGAAGCUGCAUAUGAGAAAAUAGUUCUUUUAAAUGCCACAUGUGUGCUUUUGUUGUUACAGUUCAGGUGUAAAUUUGGGGAAUCUGCUUUACCCCUUUACUUGAAUCAACAAUCUCAAUGUGUCUGUUUCCAAGUUACAUACAAAGAGCUGUAUGAAGAAUUUAAGGGAAACUCUUCCAUAGAAAAUAAUAAGGGGUUAUUCCCCUCUAGGACCAAAGGAUACUAUAAAGCACCUGUUAAAGGAAAUAAAAUCUGAGUUAUUCAUUUUUACCUAAAA